AUGCAAGCAGGUGGCUCAGUAACUUAUGGGUGCAAUCAUACCUGUAAAGAUCUCUGUCAAUUGGGGUCAGAGCUCUCAUCUGGAUCUGAAUCCCAAUUUGGUGGAAUCAUGCAUGCUAAUAAUAAUCACUGGAUCGCAUUUUCAGUUUUCCCUAAGGAAUCAGUGAUUUACCUUGCAGAUUCUUUACAUUGGGAAACAGGAGGUGCUGACUUACCUGUUGCAGCAAAGGAAGUGGCAAACAUUCUUCAAUGGUGGCUCAAUGAAUCCUAUUCUGGAUUGAACAAGUCAACACCGACAUUUCAAAUCACUUCACUCCCAGUUGCUCACCAGAAUGAUUCCUCCUCAUGCGGCUUCUUCGCCCUCAAUGCCCUGAUGCACCAUCUCAUCCCAACCAAAUACCUGCUCUAUGCUAGCAAUGACAUUGCUAUGUUGCGUGUUGAAUUUUUGAUGGCAAUCCUCAAUCAUCAUGUUGAACAGAUACCACCUGUCCCAGCAGUGACUUCUGUGGCAGAAAUGCCAAUGGCAUCAAUGAUUGAACCCAGGGUGACAUCAGUCCACAUGACAACAACAAUCAUGGAAGUGAUGGCUGCCCCAGCAGAGACAGUCCCAUUCACAGUAGCUGAGCAUUCAACAAAGCCAGCUCCAACACCAAUGACGUCAAGAAUGUGCUCAUCUGUGGCACAGUUGACCAGCCCUGCAGCCUUGCCAAGUAGCCCAGCCCCAACGGGCACCUUGCCCAAUUCUGAUGUCAAGAAACCGAAGGAGAAAAAGAAAAAAUUGGACUUCACCAUCCAGGAGGGGGAAGAGGGCUAUUUAAAAGGAUUGGUGAGGGAUCUGAAGAACAGAGGGUGGAAGAGGAACUGGAAGCAAGGAAGAAAGUUGAAUGGAAGUGAGCAAAUGCAUGAGAACGACAACAGCAUUGCCGAGCACUGUUGGCAGAAGGAGAUGGUGAUGCGAAAAAAAAGGUGA